AUGAACCGCACCGCCUCUGUUUCUCGCACCGCCUUCACUGUCGCCGCCAGGCAAACCACUGUGCGCGGCAGCCAGGCUCUCUUCGCUCGCUCCUACGCUGUGGGCCAGAACCUGCUCGAGGGCCAGGCCAAUUUGAAGGCCGUUGAUGGUAAGGACCUGUCGCUCACCGAUCUCUUCAAGGGCAAGAAGGUUGUGGUGUUCGGUCUCCCCGGCGCCUUCACCCCCGUCUGCACCAGCAGGCACGUUCCCGGCUACGUCGACUCGGCCGACAAGUUCAAGGCCAAGGGCGUUGACAACGUCGUCUGCGUGUCGGUGAACGAUCCCUUCGUGAUGAAGGCGUGGGGCGAGUCGCUCAAGGCCAACAACAUCACUCUGGUGGCCGACUGGGACAGCUCCUUCACCAAGCUGGUCGACAAGGAGCUCGACCUCAGCGCUGCCGGUCUCGGCAAGCGCUGCAGGAGGUACUCGCUCAUCGUUGACAAUGGCAAGAUCGUCAAGGAGAACAUCGAGAACGCCCCCAAUGAGUAA